AUGAGUAGCGCGAGGAUAUCGAUCUAUCGAUACUACAGGAUCGAUACGCCCAUCCCUACAACAAAUACGAGGUGGAGCCAAACCGUCGGGAUUGGUGGGGCACGGAUGGACCGAUCACAUCCCUCCUUUCCCAUCUUCUGUAUUCAAGGAAGGAGAAAUAUGGCGCCUACACAUGUACUGAGAUGUUGUCAAAGGGGUCUGGCUUGGAUACCGGUGAUAUUUAUUGCUUUAGUGGUGUGCUGGUCGUAUUAUGCAUACGUGGUGGAGCUGUGUCUGUUUACUAUUCCCAGUACUAUUGAAAAAGUUAUCUACCUGACUCUGUUUCAUGUGUCGUUCAUCAUGUUUGUGUGGUCGUACUGGAAAACCAUCUUUACAAGACCAGCAACCCUUCCCAAAGAGUUCUUUCUACCCAGAUCUGAGAAAGAGCAGUAUGAGAAAGAACAGCAUCCAGAAACUCAGCAGGAGAUCCUGAAGAAAGUGGCCACCGGUCUCCCCCUUUACACCCGCACUGGUGCAGGAGCUAUCCGGUACUGUGACCACUGCCAGGUCAUCAAGCCAGACAGAUGUCAUCAUUGUUCUGCAUGUGACAUGUGUGUACUAAAGAUGGAUCAUCACUGUCCAUGGGUGAAUAACUGUGUGGGUUUCUCCAACUACAAGUUCUUCAUCCUGUUCCUGACUUACUCGCUUGUAUACUGCUUAUUCAUCGCAGCCUCUGUCCUUCAAUACUUCAUAAAGUUCUGGACACUUUGCCGGAGGAAAUCGGCAGAGAAUUGUCCAAAGAAUGACCCGCCAGAGUCUCACGCCAAAUUGCAUGUCUUGUUUCUCUUUUUUGUGGCGGCCAUGUUCUGCAUCAGCAUUCUUUCACUCUUCACAUACCACUUGUGGCUUGUGGGAAAAAACCGGUCCACCAUAGAAGCCUUCAGAGCCCCAGUCUUCAGAAAUGGCCCUGAUAAAAAUGGAUUUUCCCUGGGCUUCUGCAAGAACAUUGCUCAAGUGUUUGGGGACCAGAAGAAGUACUGGCUACUUCCUGUCUUUACCAGUCAAGGAAAUGGCUUUUCUUUUCCUACACGAUUGGUCACUAUUGAUCUAGAGCAGCCAACUGAAUGUCUCCAGCCUGCCGGGUUGGAUAAAGGUGCUGUAGAAGAUUCUGCUGAGAAAACCACCCCUCUCAGUGAGUCCCAAAACCGUCUAUUAGGCAGUGCUUACCACAUUAAAGAAGAUCACGAAGAGACAGACAUCUUAAAGUCUGAUGAAAGCGAAGCUAUCGCUAUCUUCAUUGAGAAUGAGUCAUAGCCAGGACUGAAGCUAGUGAGGUGUGAAUCCUCAGUGGUCUCGUGCCUUCGACUCCCAGUAUUGGGGACUGUUAAGGAGAAUCACACUGAUGCCUUACACAGCUCUUUUUCUCUAAAAAAAGAUCAUGAAUACCCAUCACUUCUGGAGCGUCACAUCUGUGAUUGCUUCCAGUCCCCAUUCAACUAUAGUAGCUACACUCUUUCAACAAAGAGAUUUGCACGCAUGUCUUUUCCAUCCAUCGUUUUUGCAUAACAAACUCUUUUGUUGCUCAGGCCUUCACGAGACAUGCAGAUUUCAUGUGCAUGUGAACUGAUACAGGGGAUAUUCAACUAUUCUCCAAGUGUUUACCACAUCUGGUACCAGCUGCUGUUUACUUGAGGGACAGGUGGGAAAUGUUUUAUUUUCUGGAUCCAUACCAAGUGAACGGUCUUACUGAGCUCGUCUUGAAUCCCGUGUGCAACAGAGUUCAGAUUUAAUGGACACUGAAGAGCGCAAGGUGCUCAUUCGUACUUAUGGUUUG